AGUACUAGUUAGAGUCCUAAUGUUCCAUUGACAGAUCUUCUGUCUUAUUCUGAGGCUGUAGAAAACUUACAGGAUUUCAGGGUUGGAAGGGGCACCUGGUCUUUUUUGCUAUUAUUUUCUGGUCCAAUCACAACUAGAAUAUUGAGUGUCCCGUUUCAGGAAAGAUAUUGACAAACUGAAGAAUGUCAAGAAGAGGAUCAGAUGAAGGAACUGGAGAUAUAGCCUAAAGAAAGAGUGGGUCAUUGGAGAGAUGACAUGAUCAGCUCUUUAGUUUUUACAAGGGCUGUCAUGUGAAAGGGGAAUUAGACUUGUUCUGCUGAGAUCCAGAGGUCAGACCCAGGAGCAGUGAGUGGAAUUUUCAGAGAAGCAGAUUUAGGUUUGAUGUGAAGAAAAAUAACCCUAACAAAGAGUUACAAUUCCUAACAAUUAGAGUGGGCUCUUAUGGGAGGUAAUGGAUUCACUAUCAUCAGAGAUGUCAUAGUGUAGAUGACCCCUUAUUAGAAAUGUUAUAGAGACGGCUUCUAUUUAGGUGGAGUUAGACCAAUUGGUUGCCAGUAUACCUUCAACCUAAGAUUCAAUGACCUUAAAGCCACUUCUUUGGUCAUAGCCUUCAUUUUUGAGUUGGCAUAUAGAAAGAGACUGAAAAAUUACUAUCUGAUUCCCAUUGUAGGUGUGGCAGCCAUUUCAAACAAAAUAUACCUGACUUUAAAGUCAUUAUACUCAGCUGUGAAGACUCCUGUGUGAAUAAGUUUUGUCAGUGUAACACUAUAUAUCCCAAAUAUUUUUCAAGCUUUCCAAGGAGCAUCUAGGUAACUCAAUGGAUUGAGAGCCAGGCCUAGAGACAGGAGGUCCUGGGUUCAAAUUUGACCUCGGAUACUUCCUAGCUGUGUGACUUUGGGCAAGUCACUUAACCCCCAUUGCCUAGCCCUUGCCACUCUUCUGCCUUGGAGAGAAUACAUAGUAUUGAUUAUAAGGUGGAAAUAAGUGAAGAAAAAAAAAGGAGUGACUCAAACUUAUUUUAAAUUAACAUUAAUGUGAUUUCUCUCUAGGUUUACAGUAGUCAAAUAAUUUAUUUCUGAAGACUCAAAAAUAAUUUUGUUUUACCUUUGGAGAUACAUGCAUGGGUUACCUAAUUUUCAAGUGAUUUUAACAGGUUUACAUUUCGUAUAGUUCUUGCCUUUGGAUAAGACCCUAUGUUAAUGUCAUCACUGCAUUUAUCGUGCUAUUAAGUUGCAUCUACUGCCAUCAUGUGGCCAUUACAUUUUGUUUUUAAAACAGGGUUGGCACCACUUCCUUUGAGAGAUGUCUGUUUUUCCUUCUUGAAAUGGGUGCAUUAUUCUCUGGAAAAGAGUUUUUCUUCUAGGAACAUAAAGUGACAACCCAUCGGAUCCUGGAAGGUGUUAAGGAUGGCUCGCCCCAGCUUACAUCUCCAGUCAGGAUAUGGGGUUCCCUCCUGUGCUUAUCAGUCUGAGGUACCCCAUAGAGGGGUACAGCUUAUGAUAUGUAUAACUGCAACUUUGAAGUUGAUAUUUAUAAGCUUGGUGAUAGUGGGCCUAGAAAAUUGCUUCCAGUGUUUCUUGAGAAGCUGAUGAUUUUUAGAAUCCCAGAAAGAUACUCUGCACAAUGGUGAGGUAGGCAACUAUCACUUUGGGUUUUUUUCUUUUAAAAUAGCAUACCCAAGCAGAGCUUUGAACCAAGUCUGGAUUUUUUUUUCCCUCCUCAAGUAAAAAUGGCUUUGAUUUUUUUAUUCUAUAAAUGAAGUAGUCAUAUCAGAAUGGAUUUGAUGGGUUGAAGGAAGAUAAAGGGUACAACCUGUUUCCCCUUUGGGUAAAGAGUAUGCUUGUUCAUUGUUUUCUAGAUAAUCUAUGGUGAUGUGGCCAUAUAAUUUGGAUAGUGGAACACAGAUGCAAUAUAAAACUGGGGGGGGGGGGGGGGCGGGCAUCAUUGUACUGGUAGAAGCACACCAAGUGCCUACUUCCUUACCUAUACUCACCAGAUGGUCUAUUCAGCAUCCUAAACAAAAAGACUUAAAGGCCUAAACCACACUGUCUAUGUUCAGGCCUUAGAUUCAGUAAACCAAUACCUCAGGUUUUUGCCUAAAUCUCUGGAGGAUCUACUUUAAUGAAAUGCAGCACUUUCUGGGAGUUCAACCAGUGACCCUGACAGUUUUUCAAAGGGGAGGAAUCAACAAUACUAAAUUCAAAUAAUCUUAUUCUUCCAUGAUUCAACUUCAGUAUUCCUGCCCCAUCUAAGCAAACUUAAGGGGUUUCAGAAAUGGAACUGAACUGUGCUACUUCUUUAAAAUAUUAAAAAAGCCAGUUAUCCUUCAAAACCUCUCCUUUAAUGGGGACUAGCUUUCCCAAUGGCUGCUGUUUUUUACUUUUUGCUGCAUUUUAUUCACUUGGGCCAGGUCUUGGAUUGGGAAUAGGGAUUCUCUCAUUGAUGCAGCAAGAGCAAGGGUCUCAGAUCUAAUUCACCUGAGCCCUGUUCCAAAGUCCAGUCUUUCUGUCUGCUGUAGAUAUUAAGAAAUAUUCCUCUGCAACAGAAAGUAAUAGUGUUGUAUCAUUAUAAAUGUAGGGAAAGAUUCCAAUCAGAAUUCUGAGUGUGUAGCUAUUUCUUACCUUCUUAAUUUGUCCUCUGAUUUAUGAUCAAACAUUUUAAAGCAUAGCCUUUCUUCAUCUACAAACCCAGCAGGCAGUAACACUUUAGUGUGACUGCCUGGCACUAUGCAGAUCCACAUUUUCUCUUCACAUGUAUGAGAACAAGGGAAUAAUUCUUUAAGGAAACCCCUCAGAGGGUAAUCUGCCCUCCCCUGGUGACUUGGUGGACCUCUGUUAGCACAAACAAUAGAUACUGGAAAGGUAGAAUUUGUAGAAUGAAUGAGAAAGAGGCAGUGAAAAUCACACAUACCCUAAAAAUCACAUUGUCGAGAGAGAGAACUGCAUCAUUUAUUGUCCUAAAGCUGUUAUUCUUUAUUUGAAUUUUGUGUGGAAUACUAAGUUAGGGGUUUGAAAGCACAACAGUUAAUUUAGGAUCCUUAUUUCCAAACCCCAGGGCUUCUCCUGUCUUUCCAAAGGCCUCUUUUCAGCUCCCUAUCAAUUUUCUGGAAAACUUUGGGGUUUGAGUUCAAAUGUAUGUACAGUCAUUUCUUUUGUCCAUUAACUGGUCUGAAUUUCACUCCUAUUUAGAUAUCUUUCAUUGGGUUUGAACUCUAACAUGAACUUCUCACCUUCAGGUUAUAUUGUGCUUUUCCCUUGGGCUUCAUCAUACUGUUCUGCUUAAUAAUGGGUGGAAACAGAAUUUUCACACAUUUUAAAGCUAAUUAGGGAUAUUUGUAUGAGUAUAAAGGAUUAAACGUGUCUUUUUGUCUUCAAAUGUGGCAAAGAACAGCUGGGUUGUACAGUAAAGCCUCACUAACAAUCUUGGGGUUAUGGUCCGCUAUCCCAAUUUUCAGGUACUUUCAAGGACUCAAUUUUUGUUAUGUUUUAUCCUCAUGGGAUCUUUGAUCUCUUACACCUUCACAGAAUUGAUUUUAAUAGGAUAAUCUGGGCUCAUGAAGGACACAGACCUACUGUGUGUUGAGAGAGAUGAAGGGAUGGUAAGAAUUCCCACCGUCUUGAAGACAAGGAAGGGCAUCAUGAUAAUUCUCAUACUUUAACUCAGACUUCUUCCUUAAAGGAAGAGUUAUUAACACCUGGAAAGUACCUCAGGACAGCAGGUGGUAAUCUCAGCUCAGCUGAAGUUGGAAGGUAACAAUUUUUAUGGGUAAACUGAACAAAAUGUUAUUUUUAGGGGAAUCCCUUGUACACUUGAGAUUUGAUUCAACAAACAUUACUCAUCCAUUUUAUGCCUAGACUGUACCUUUGAAAAACUUUUAAACACCAGUCAUCCCAUAAACCUAACAUCAAAGAACAACCCAACCUUUAGGGUACCCUCAAAAUAACUUGAAUUAAAAUUUUCAAAUAAGACCUAUGUUAAAUAUUCACUUGUUCAUGCACUAUUGCUGGCUAGGGGGGAAAAAAACAACACUUCAAGCCUGAUUUAGGAAAUCAUCUAGCCAAGGUAAAAGUGACAGAGUGAGCAGAUUGGCCUUUGAGAAACAGAAGGAUCACUAGAGAGAAAGAAACUGAGAGAAGGAUUUGAGGCUUUCAUUACCUUCCUGGAUUGUAGUAGCAGGGAGGAAAUUUCAUUUCUGAGAUUAAAAAUUCAGUUUUUUAAAUAGAGCUGCUGGAUUUGGGACCAGACUCUUAGAAGGAUGUCUUCAGGCCACAAAUAUUUCUUGAAUGCCUACUGUGCUGCAUUUUGCCUCAAAGUCAAAAAUAGCUGGGCUCUACACUUUUCAUCAUUAUGAUGGGCAUGGUUCUGCUUGACUUUCUCCACUCAACUUCAGGCCACUCCCUCCUGCCCAGCAUAGACUUUUCUUCUGCCUCAUUCUUUUAGGCCUGAAUCUUCUCGAAUUCAUUUCAUUCCUGGGCCCCUCUAGACAUCAUAGAUCAUUAGAGCUGGAAGGGACCUUUCAAAGGAUCUUCCCAAUGCCCUUAUUUUGCAAAUGAAGAAAAUGGCCCUGAUAAGUAAGGGAACUUGGCUAUGGUCACUCAAGUGAGUUGUAGAAGUAGGACUAGAAGCUACAUCUGACUCCAGGACCACACAUCUCACACUUUUCAGUCCCCUAAAGGCUGGCUCCGUCUUUCUUCUUUGCCUACUAUUCUACCUUGAGGCAAAGAGGACAUUAUUAAAGCACUACCAAACCAAAUUGUUUGUCAUCUCUUUAGAGACCUCUAUCUCUCUUCUUUCCCUUCUCACUCCAGUAACCAGCUGUCCCUGAGAAUCAGGGUGGUGGGGAGUAAGCAACACAUGGUCCUUACAGCUGCAAUGCUGGCCUGUUACCAUGGUGACCCAAUAUUACUGUCAAUUAACACCCCCUACCCCUAGGAUUCCAACUGGCUGUUCUGGUUUCAUGUUCCAUGCCUCGGGGUUGGGGGAGGGGAAAGAGAAGGGGGGCAACCAGACUCCUGCCCAUAUCCAGUCUGUCUGUGUCUGCUUCGUCCCUGGCUUUGUUACCUUGUUCUCGUUCACCCAUCUCUCUUGCCCUGUUCCUUCUCUUCCUUGUCCUCUGGAAGCUUCCAAGUCAAGUAAGCGCUGUAACUCUGAGUGUCUUCCCCGCCCUCAGCCUGUCUCCUGGGAGGCCAAGGAGAGAGCAGCCUUCCUCUAGGGUCAGCCCUGUAGCCGUUGUAACCUGAGUGAGCCCAGAAGGGGGAAAGGCCAGGCCUAUGGAGCCAGCCCUGAGCCAGCCAGCAAGCUCCCUGUGGCCUGCUUUACCAGUGGAGAACAGCCUAGCUCUCUCUCCCGCCCCCUCCCUCCCUUCUCUGCUUUCCCCUCCCCUGCUGCAGCAGGGCCCUCCCCUCUCUGCACACACAGGCUGCUGGGUAAGUGGCAAGAUGGCUCCCCUGCAUGUCUCCGGCUGAUCGCUGCCGCUCCUCCAAUACAAUAGAGCCAGCCACUACUAGCAGCCUGGCCCUCCUCCUCCUCCAGAGAGACCGGCCCAACCAACCCGGGGUUUGCCUUGCUGCAUCUCUUGAUUUUCUCUCUCUGGAUCUGGGGGCCGGGAGGAGGUGGUGGGAGCUGGGGACAAGGAAGAAGGGGAUAAACAGCACUUCCAGGGGGAGAAAAAAAAGCAUGUUAUCAGAAAGCAAAGAAGGCGAGGAGAAGGAGGAAGUGACCAUGGAGACAACUGAAAACAGGCCUGAGAAUGAGGUGCCUGAGCCCCCCAUGCCCAUUGCAGAUGCUGCCAGCAGUGAAGAACGCCCCGAGGGCAAUGCAGAGGAUGAGGAGAAGAAAGAGAGCUCGAUGCCCAAAUCCUUCAAGAGGAAGAUCUCCGUUGUCUCGGCUACCAAAGGGGUACCAGCUGGAAACAGUGACACAGAAGGAGGCCAGCCAGGGCGGAAACGGCGAUGGGGGGCUAGCACAGCCACCACACAGAAGAAGCCCUCCAUCAGUAUCACCACAGAAUCUCUUAAGAGUCUUAUCCCCGACAUCAAACCCCUGGCGGGGCAGGAGGCCAUUGUGGAUCUACAUGCUGAUGACUCAAGGAUCUCUGAAGAUGAGACAGAGCGUAAUGGUGAGGAUGGAACCCACGACAAGGGGCUGAAGAUAUGCCGGACCGUCACGCAGGUGGUGCCAGCAGAGGGUCAGGAAAAUGGGCAGCGUGAAGAAGAGGAGGAAGAAAAAGAACCUGAAGUCGAGCCCCCUGAAGCACCCCAGGUUUCUGUAGAAGUUGCCUUGCCUCCCCCUGUGGAGCAUGAAGUUAAAAAAGUUACUCUGGGAGACACUCUGACCCGGCGUUCAAUCAGCCAGCAGAAGUCUGGUGUGUCUAUCACAAUCGAUGAUCCUGUUCGUACAGCUCAGGUGCCCUCACCACCUCGGGGCAAGAUCAAUAACAUUGUCCACAUUUCCAAUUUGGUUCGUCCCUUUACCUUAGGCCAGUUGAAGGAGUUGCUGGGUCGUACAGGGACCCUGGUAGAAGAAGCCUUCUGGAUAGAUAAAAUCAAGUCGCACUGCUAUGUGACGUAUUCAACAGUAGAAGAAGCUGUUGCCACUCGAACAGCUCUGCAUGGGGUCAAGUGGCCUCAGUCCAAUCCCAAAUUCUUGUGUGCUGACUAUGCAGAGCAAGAUGAGCUGGACUUUCACCGAGGCCUCUUACCAGACCGGCCCUCUGAGCCUAAAGCUGAGGAGCAGGGAGGUCCACGGCCCCUGCACCCUCCGCCCCCGCCCCCAGCUCAGCCACCUCAUCAUCCAAGGGCAGAGCAGAGGGAGCAGGAGCGGGCAGUGCGGGAGCAGUGGGCAGAGCGGGAGAGAGAGAUGGAGCGACGGGAACGUACUCGCUCAGAACGGGAGUGGGACCGGGACAAGGUUCGUGAAGGGCCCCGUUCCCGAUCUCGCUCCCGUGACCGUCGCCGAAAGGAACGCGCCAAGUCCAAGGAGAAGAAGAGUGAAAAGAAAGAAAAAGCCCAGGAAGAACCUCCUGCCAAGCUUCUGGAUGACCUGUUCCGUAAGACCAAGGCAGCACCCUGCAUCUACUGGCUUCCUCUGACUGACUGCCAGAUUGUUAAGAAGGAGGCUGAGCGGGCCGAGCGGGCCAAGGAGCGUGAGAAACGGAGAAAAGAGCUGGAAGAACAACAGAAAGAACGAGAGAAGGAGGCUGAGCGAGAGCGGAGUCGACAGCUAGAGAGGGAAAAACGUCGAGAGCACAGCCGAGAGCGGGAGAGAGAGCGGGAACGGGAGAGGGACCGGGGGGAUCGGGAUCGGGAACGGGAACGGGGCCGGGAGAGGGAUCGUCGGGACACCAAGAGGCACAGUAGAAGUCGAAGCCGCAGCACCCCAGUGCGAGACCGGGGUGGGCGCCGCUAGCUGGAACCCCCCACCUUAAGGAAAACCUCAGGCAUCAGCCACCCUGCUGGUGGGGGGUAAGAGCCACAGAGGGAUGGGCACUCUGCCACCACCUUGACCCCUGAGGGUAUUGCACAGAAUUAUUGCCUGUGCUGAAGUGUGUCCCACUUAUUGUUCACUGAACUUGGGGGCAGAAGUGGCUGUGUGCUGCCCCAUGUGCCCUUCAGCCUUCUCCCCAACCCCCAUUUCUGGAUCUGUAUAGGGCUAAGACCCAUUCUGGGGGGAGGGGGGUGGGGGUAAAGGUUAAUCUUCAAGAUGGGAAAGCAGCCAGGGGACUCGGCAUCCUCCACAUCUCCCUCAUCCCUAUCCCCCAUCUUUCAUUUUCCCUGUAACUUGUUCCCCCCUUCCUUCCCCCUCCACUCCCCUCGGGGAUCUCACUUUGUCCCCUCAGGAAUAGCUGGGGUCAGGACUAGGGUACCUAUGAGCUGAAUCAGCAUCUCUUCUCCCGAGUCCCCAGGCCCCUGCAGUUCCUGAAGCCUUGCCCUCCAGCCUCCACCUGGCCCACAAGUUCCACUUUAUAUCCACCUUUUCCUUCUGUUCAAUUUUUAUUUUUAUUUUUUUUAUUAUUAAAUGAUGUGGUCUAUGGAAAAAUAAAAAUCUGACUUAGUUUUA